GGGGCUCGCCAGCCACACUCACCAUCUGGAAGCCUCCCACUUUCCAAGCUCCAGUCUGUAUAAUUCUUGCCUUGAUCUCCCCAAAUUCUCUCCUCAUCAUCUUGACCCGUCUUCAGGCCCUUCUCUGUCCCCACACCCAGUCACAUUUCUUUUUCCAGCCACAGAACUGCUUGUCGACAUUCACUAGGUAGGAGGUUCAUCAGCUGGGAAGAACCGGCGCCUGGGGGAAUCUGGCUGGAUAGGUAUGGGGGAUCGCGGCCAGGCCCCUAGUCCCUGGUUCCCCCACGGCGGUCCCCCAACUCUAAGCACCCUCACUCUACUGCUGCUCCUCUGUGGACAGGCUCACUCCCAGUGCAAGAUCCUCCGCUGCAAUGCCGAAUACGUCUCGUCCACUCUGAACCUUCGGGAAGGGGGCUCAUCGGGCACGCCGCGCGGAGGCGGCCGUGGGGGGGUGUCAGGUGGCUUGUGUCGUGCCCUACGCUCCUAUGCACUCUGCACUCGGCGCACGGCCCGCACCUGCCGCGGGGACCUUGCCUUCCACUCUGCUGUGCACGGCAUCGAGGACCUGAUGAUCCAGCACAACUGUUCCCGCCAGGGCCCCACGGCCCCGCCCCCGGCCCGGGGCCCCGCCCUUCCCGGAGCCGGCCCUGUGCAUCCCGCCCCUGACCCCUGUGACUACGAGGCCCGGUUUUUCCGGCUGCACGGUCGGGCCCCGGGCUUCUUGCAUUGCGCCUCCUUCGGGGAUCCUCAUGUGCGCAGCUUCCACCACCACUUUCACACGUGCCGUGUCCAAGGAGCUUGGCCCCUGCUGGAUAACGACUUCCUUUUUGUCCAGGCCACCAGUUCCCCUGUGGCAUCAGGGGCCAACGCUACCACCACCCGGAAGAUCACCAUCAUAUUUAAGAACAUGCAGGAAUGCAUUGACCAGAAAGUCUACCAGGCCGAGGUGGAUAAUCUUCCUGCUGCUUUUGAAGAUGGUUCUAUCAAUGGCGGCGACCGACCUGGGGGUUCGAGCUUGUCCGUUCAAACUGCUAACCCUGGGAGCCAUGUGGAGAUCCGAGCCGCCUACAUCGGGACAACUAUAAUCAUUCGACAGACAGCUGGCCAGCUUUCCUUCUCCAUCAGGGUAGCCGAGGACGUGGCACGGGCUUUCUCGGCUGAGCAGGACCUUCAGCUGUGUGUUGGCGGAUGCCCUCCGAGUCAGCGACUCUCUCGCUCAGAGCGCAAUCGCCGCGGGGCUAUAGCCGUAGAUACUGCCAGAAGGCUGUGUAAGGAAGGGCUUCCCGUUGAAGAUGCCUACUUCCAAUCCUGUGUCUUUGAUGUUUCAGUCUCUGGUGACCCCAACUUUACUGUGGCAGCCCAGACAGCUCUGGACGAUGCCCGAGUCUUCUUGGCGGAUUUAGAGAAAUUGCACCUUUUCCCCUCAGAUGCGGGGCCUCCUGUCGUCCCAGCAACCGUCCUUGUACCGCUUCUUUCAGGCCUCUUUGUUCUGUGGCUUUGCAUUCCGUAAGUAGGCCAGCAACCCCGUGACUAGUUUGGAACCGAUUUGAGGGUAGAGGUUGGUGUGACAAAACACGAAGAUGCGCCAAAGAAAACAGUAAAGACAGGGAGCUACAGAAGACAAUGACAUUCACCCAGAAUCAGAUGAGACAGCAGCCCAGGACUCAAAUAAUCCCAGAGUAAUGAUUCUGAACCAGAGCUUUGCAUUGCAGACGUUGGUAGGGGCUCUUCACCGUGAAUUAAUUUCCCCAGUCCCGUUUGUAGUGGGUCUAUUAUUCCACUCCACACACACCUGCCUGACAUCACUCCUACAUGCCUAGGGGUUGUGAGAGUGCUAACGACCAGCAAAACAUUAAAGCGCUGAGAUGUCGGAAGGGCAAGAACUAAAAAAAGGAAGAUGUGAUUAUCUAUAAGAAAGUCGAACGAGGAGAAAAUAACGAGGGAAAACUUUUGGGUUCAGAAAUGAAGCGGGCAUUGUGUAGCUCUCAGACAAAGGAAGUCAGCUUUUGGAGACUAGAACCAAUACAGAAACUGGCAUCCCCAGCCCUCACUAGUCUGUUAUUAAAGCUAUGAAUUCU